UUCCCCCGGACACAACCUUCGACGACUGUCGCUACCGCGAUUGCAAUUGUACUUGUUUCAUCUGAUCGAAGUUUGGCUUCAACUUACAUUUCUCCAAGCCUUCGCAUACAAUUUGCGCAAGAACGUACUUCAUGGCGCUGCUUGCGCUCCGGACCCUGCCGCACUAAGCUCCGCCACGAGAUGACCCCUCGAAUACGAACAUCCCCGAAUAAUACACCUUUCUGUUCCGAUAAUCCCACUCUCAUCAGCCUCCACAGAUCUAUGAUUGCUACGGACCCUUAGAACAAGGUUUUGCAUAUUUCCGGAAUUGAGUACCGCAGGCGAUCUACACACUAUCGCUUCUCUAUAUAACUUGAGUGUAUAGACAUUGUCGCAUUCAUUAUCAUAGCGUGCGCGCACUAUGCGACGGACCCAAGCUGUUGAUUGACACGCGAACCAUAUCUCACAUCAUCAACAAUGUCGGCCCACGAGCAGCAGACGGCGCCCCCUCCCGGCUCCGAUCCGCGUGAACAUGCGGCCGAAGACGUCGAGGACACCAACAACCCAGGACUUGAUUUACAGUCCUUGUCGCGUGCGGUCAAAGCAAGAAAGGCAGAUUAUACCCGCCGGCAAUCCGUCCGAGUGAAGAUUGGUACAUGGAAUGUAGCCGCCAUCAACGGUACUGAGAAAGACAUUGGAAAGUGGUUCGUGCAGGGCCAAGGCGUUUGCGAGCAGCUCUCCGGCCUGAAGGGCUCCCAGUCCCGCCGGAAUGACACUGCGAAUAAAUCUCCUCCUCCAAACGAAGACGGUGAACGGAAGAAUGAUAGCAGCGGCGCUGCACCUUUUCAGUUCAGCCAGGAAGAAGUCGAUCUCUAUGUUUUGGGCCUACAAGAGAUCGUUGAUGUUUCUUCUCCGGCUGAAGCUCUUCGGCCCUAUACGGAUCCCGGACCGGCGAGCAGGUGGAAAGAGGCCGUUCAUCAAGCUCUUCCUCCGGGAUACCAGCUCGUCUCCGAGGUCCAGCUCUUGGGCCUUUUCCUUACCAUCUAUGCAUCACCUGCGAUCCGCGACAGCAUCUCUUCGAUCAGUAGCACGUACGUGGGUACAGGACUGAUGGGGUAUAUGGGCAAUAAAGGCGCUGUUGCGACUCGGUUGGUUCUUGGAGAGACCACACGUCUGGUCUUUGUGAAUUGCCACCUAGCUGCGGGAUCAGAUAAAGGGAGUCUGGAACGGCGCAAUUGGGAUGCUAUGCAAAUCACCCAGCGGGCCAAGUUUGAGCCUGUGGAAACCGAAGGUGAAACCCAGGAAGGCCAAGGUGAUAGCAUUGGCGAGGAGGACUUUACUUUCUGGUUCGGUGAUCUCAACUAUCGUCUCGACGAUAUCCCAGGAGAUGACGUGCGACAAGUUCUUGCUCGGCAUACGGAGAACUCGUAUGACGCCGCGCUACAAGGGAAGCGCCCCAAGUCCGACAGUCGUCGCAACUCACUCACCUCCGACUCCUCAUCCGAAAAUCGGCCGCCAUCGCUGCCCGAAGGAGGGGAACUGCCCGAACCCGUAACUGAUGAGGAGAUUGAUCCCCAUAAUGAUCCCGCAUCUCUACAGACUACUAUUUCAUCUCUUAUUACUCACGACCAACUGCGAAUUCAACAAAAGAAAGGCACUGCUUUCCACAAAGGUUGGCGAGAGGGCCAGAUCUCCUUUUUGCCAACGUACAAGUACGAUGUUGGAAGUGUGGCGUUGUUCGAUACUAGCGAGAAACACCGUGGUCCUAGCUGGUGUGAUCGGAUUCUCUACCGUACGCGACGGGACAGACUCAAACAUGAGCAGCUGGACCGGGAAGCCGAGGAGGCACGGAAACGAGACAAGGAGAUGCAGGCUCGUGGAUUGGACAAAGCAGUUGCUGAUGAUAAUGUGCUAUUUGAUUAUGAUCCCGAAGCUGAUGGUCAAGAUGGCUCCGUUGGGAGUGGAGAUUACGGCUCGGACGCUGAUGGAGAUGCCGAUUCCUCCUCUUCAUCCGAAGAUGCGCCGCCAGAGUCGAUUCACCAGCAUCAGUAUAUCUCUCACCAGGGUAUCCUUUCCUCGGAUCAUAAGCCAUUGGACUCUAUCUUUACUUUGACCUUUGAUGCUGUCAACCCCAUCCUCAAAGCAAAGGUACACCAAGAGGUUGUUCGUGAAUUGGACAAGGCCGAGAAUGAAGCACGGCCGGGUCUUACAGUCGUUGUGGAUACCCAUGUCGAUGAGGAUCGAUCGCAACGUGAUCCGAAUACCAUCGAGUUUGGGCAGAUCAAGUACGAUGUUCCAAUUCAUCGGAGCUUGACCGUUGCUAACACAAGUGGUGCACCUGCGACUUUCUCAUUCGCCGAGAGGUCUAGUCUGGGCGAUAGCACGCAAAAUAUACCGCCGUGGCUGGACAUCCAGGUUCAUCGCUCUGCCGACCACGAGCCGGCCCCAGGAGAGUCAUCUAAAUCUGAGAGCUCUCAUACUUUGCUUCCAGGAGAAGUGGCUAACAUCGACGUCACGGCGCAUGUUCGAAGCAUUGAGCAUGUCCGACUACUCAACUUAAAGAAAGCCAAGCUCGAGGAGAUUUUGGUCCUCCAUGUGGACAGCGGCCGUGAUCAUUUCAUCUCUGCCUGCGGAAAGUGGCUGCCAACUUGCUUCGGUUGCAGCGUUGAUGAAUUAACACGUAUGCCCGAGGAAGGUGCUCGCUCUCUCAACGAUGAAACUGUAUUGUCCCGGGAGAGGGGAGCGAAUGAAGUACGACUGUCAGCACCUCGCGAACUCUUCCGGCUGACCGAAUCGAUCUCCGACUUAACGGAACGCGCCGUAGCCGAAUGGAGUAUGACUAAAGGCGAGUCUAAAAAGGAGCAAGCACCAUGGACCAAAAAGCCUGGCGGUUCUGCGUGGCCAUUCCAGCCGGAUACAUGGACUCUUAUGGAUCCAAACGAUCGUGCUACCCUUCUUGCUUCAGUCCGCGAAUCUCUCGAUACCAACGGCUCUCUGUCGAGCAUCUUUGCACCAGAGACUCCUUAUUUACAUAGACUGGAGAUCUUGUCCGAAACCCUCCUGACAUUUCUCAACUCACUCAGCGACGGCAUCGUCACUGCCAAUGUCUGGCAGCAAAUGGAGCAACACAUGAUCACUCGCGAGAAAUCCAAAGCCCCAUCUCUAUCAUGGGAAGAAACGCAAGCGUGGGUCUUGGAGAGUCUUGCCUACUCGCCAGCACAUAGCGUCUCCUUCACAUUCGUCACCUUUAUGCUCGCCCGUAUCGCAAACGAGGUAGCCCCCGUUCCCUCUACCGCAUCAACUUCCAACGACCAAAACCGGUCAACCGACGAGACCGCCAAUUCCACAAACAACCAAGAGCAAAACAGACCUUCAGAAUCUACCUCUAUAUUCCCAACACCGCCCACCCCAGCUGCAGCUGCGGCUUUCAUAUCCGGGGGAAGCUUCCGCCGCAAACCCAGACUACCAGAUCCUGAAAUCGCGUCGGAUAAUUCGAAAAACGCUGCAGUACGUCGACAAGCCGUCGAGUCGGCAUUGGCGGAUAUCUUCGCGCGCGUCUUGAUCUCAGCGGCUGUUCCUGUCCCGGCGAAGGAUAAGGAGCGACGGGCAUCUGAUGAGCGGAGGAAGAGCAUUAUUGAGCCAUUUUUGAAGAUGAUUGGUGUUGACGAGCGGGGUCCCUCUGGAGGUCGAUAAUUGUUUACUUGUAUGGACGUUCUUGUCUUGUUCGAUUGUAUAUUGAUUGUCUUCUUGUUUGGCGGCUUUGACUGAUUGGGUCUCGGGGAUUUGGUAAUUGGAGUGGUUUCUUUUUUACUUCUUGGUAAUGCCCACCGCGACUGUCAGGGUGCGAAUUAUAGACUUGAUGUUUUGCAAUGUCUUUCAUGGAAAUAUAGGUUGAACGAUCAGGCAGUAUGUACAAUCCCGAUAUGCCAUCCAAUAUCCUAAACAGAAAAAAAAGGCCCGAAAACGAAUGCACAUGUCAAAAAAAAGAGAGUUCUACACCCGCCAAACUCGACGAUCACAGCCUACCGCACAGCUCCCCAUACAGAUUCAAAAGACUGCUGCUGCUGGGAAUUCCUUCCAGGAGAAACGGCCGAUGAUUUAGCCUGGGCAGCCUGCGACGUAUACUUUGAUCCAGCGACCGCUCUAGAUUUGCCCUUACCACUUUUCGAACGCGGUUGGGGACUAGGCUGUGAACGACCAAACAUCCGCUGUGCAGCGAGCAUACAGCGAGAGGCAAUGCGCCCGGGGAUAUUAAAGAUAGAAAACGCGAUCUGGGUGGGAAUAACGACACAAGCGCAGGCCCAAUCGAUGAGAGUGAAAGCGUAGCUCUGGCGACGAUUUUGACUCGCGCGUUGCGCAGCUGCAGCGAGGGCAAUUGCGUCGCGCGUUUGCGCUUCGAGUUGUUGAAAUCGGGUAUCCGUUUGGAGGGCUGUGAGGGCUGUACGUUUCUCGUAGCGGCGCACUGCGCGGUUGAGAGCUUCGAUGUCUGGGCCGAGGGCUCGGCGGGAUUCGACUACGGCCUGCGUGAUCAGGUCUGGGGUAUCUUUUGUAUCUGAGGAGGAUGAUGACGCGAAACGGGCAGCAGCGGCUUCGGCAACGUGCGCUUCCAGUUCUUCGAGGCGCUUGCUGAGAUCGAGGACUUUCUCGCUGUUAAUAUCGUCCUCGUAGUUUGAGGCGACAACGCGUUGGAGGUGAAGGGUUCGUGCUUGGCCGAGCUUGAGAAGAUGGGCGAAUGGGCGUAUCUCGGCUGCGAGGAGGAAUAUGGUGAGGUUGUAGUUUGAGACUAGACCUUCCGAAGGUCGAGAGAGGCUGGAUCGGAUGGCAUGUAGGAGCCAGGUGCCAAUGACUGGGAAGACGAAGCAUGAACCGAGGGCGAUUAGCUCGUGGAUCUGAAGUUCUUUGAUAGCUUUUGCUUCUGCUACGGCUCGCAGGUGCUUUUCAGGGUUUGGGCUGUCGGCUUGCGAGUCUAUGGCUUCUUCAUUCUCAUCAACCUCGGCAAGCUCUGCCGCGAUGGGAUUGAAGGUAUCACGUUCCCGUUGAUUUGCCUGUGCUGAGCGAUACCAGUCCCUGCAUAUCAUUAGCAUCUAUUGGUGUCUCGCAUUAUAUAACG